CAGAAUUUACAAAUCAAGUUAGACACACCAAAAAAUUAAGCUGCAACUUAAUCAAGUUUUGGUUACUCUUUCUUCAAACAAAAUGAGAAGCAACACUAGUUACCUCCUCUUUCUUGGCCAAGUUCUUGUUUUCUUGGCUUUGUUUUGUUUUCCAGCCUUAGGUUCUGAUCCUAGUCCUCUGCAAGAUUUCUGUGUUGCCAUUGGUAACACCAAUAAUGGAGUGUUUGUGAAUGGUUUAUUCUGCAAAGAUCCCAAACUUGUUACAGCAGACGAUUUCUUCCUCCCGGGAUUAAACGUUGCAGGGAUUACAGAUAAUCCUUUGGGAUCGAAUGUAACAGCAGCUAAUGUAGCCCAAAUCCCUGGACUUAACACUCUCGGCAUUUCUAUGGCUCGUAUAGACUUUGCACCGAAUGGUCUAAACGCACCACACACUCACCCUAGAGCCACAGAGAUCUUAGUAGUCAUGGAAGGCACACUAUACGUUGGAUUCGUCACGUCGAACAUGGGCAAUGUGAACAAGCUCUUUACUAAGGUCCUUAACAAGGGUGAUGUUUUCGUAUUCCCUGUUGGCCUCAUUCACUUUCAGUUUAAUAUGGGAAAGACAGAUGCAGUGGCUAUUGCUGCUCUUAGCAGCCAAAACCCCGGUACCAUCACAAUCGGUAAUGCAGUUUUCGGAUCAACACCCCCCAUUGACGACAAUGUCCUUGCCAAGGCAUUUCAAAUUGACAAUAAGUUGGUUGAUUUUCUCCAGUCUCGAUUUUGGAUGCCCAGCAAUUAGAAAGCCUUUAUGAUAAUAAUAAUAUGAUCCUGAUUGACACUAUGUACUACUUUGCAUCCAUAGAUGCUGUUUUUCAGAAUAAAUAAAUAUUAAAAUAAAUAUAAUAAAUAAACUAUGGAGGCAUUUUUCGUGA